AUGGGCCGGGACCCCCGGGAGCCGCGCACCGAGCGGAGCCGGAGCCGGAGCCGGGCGGGGCCUGGGGCGGGGCCGGGGGUGGGCAUGGAAUUGGGGAGGGAGAGGAGGGGCAGGGAUGGAGCCCGAGCCGGCAGCAGGACCCCCCUGCUGUUGGGGGGCUUCGGGAAUGUUCCUCCAUCCCGGGCUGGGCCGGCGCCCCCCACCCUGAGCGACAUCUCCGGGCGGGCAAACAGUUUGAGCAGCGGGGGGCUCAGAUAUCGCCCGGCUACAAAAACCCCGCGGGUCCGGCCGGGCUGGCACCGCCACCGCCACCGCCACCGCCACCGGCAGCAGCAUGCCCCGCCGCCCCCUGUGCCCACGGGCACUUCUGCGACGAGCACUUCGGGCUGUGCCUGCCCACGCGGCCCGAGGGCCACUACUGCCGCCACGACCCCCACUGCGCCCCCGGGCUCGUCUGCGUGUUCGGCAAGUGCCAGCAGCCCGUGCCCCCCGGGCAGGACGGAGCGCGGUGCCAGCGGGACGAGGAGUGCGGGGCCGGCGGCUGCUGCGCUCGGCAGCACGGGGAGCGAGUUUGCCAACAGCGGCUGGCGCUGGCCCAGAGCUGCCACGUGCCCCCCGGGGGACUCGCCUUCAGCAUCAACCAGGUGUGCCCGUGCCAGGCCGGGCUGGUGUGCCGGCCCGCGGCGCCCGCCAGAGAGAAGGCGUUCGAGUACCGGCCGGAGAAGAUCGAGUGGCGGUGCCGGCAGCCCUGAGCGCUCCCGGCUGUAUUUAUUACCUGUAAAUAUCGCGUCCAGACCCGGCCCUGCGCCGAUAAACCCGGCCCAGCGCCGCGCUGAGCCCGGCUGCUGGCGCUGGCCACCCCCGGGGUGGCUGGGGAGGGGGGCUGGAGACCCCCGGAGACCCCCGCGGUUGAUCCUCGCCCCCUCCCCUUCCCCGGAGCCGGGCAGGUCCCAGCUCCAUCCUCAGCCCCGAGCAGGACUGAGCUCGGCUGUGCCCAGUCCAGAGCAGCCCCCCUGUCCCCUCGUGUCCCCUCGUGUCCCCCCGUGUCCCCCCAGCCCUCAGCAGGCUCGGGCAGGGGGGGCAGGUCUCACCGAAAUGUUUAUUACAAAGAACCAAGCGAGCGGGGCGAGUCCCCCCCGCCAACACACACACACACACGCCAAGGAGAAAAAAAUAAAUAAAUAAAAUAACAUUUCUGUCGGGUCUUUAAAUUAAAAGUUUGGUGGGGUGACAUAAAUACGGGACGUCCCUCUGCCCCGCGGGGGGGGCCGGGGGGGCCCCACUGCCCGGAUUUUGGCCGCCGGGGCAGGGGGGGCUCAAAGCACUUGGCAGGCAGUGACACCGAGUCCCCCCCACAAAUAAAGGGGGAAACUGAGGCACGCGUGGGUGGCGGCUUGGCAGCGGCAGAGCUGGGUGCCCCCAAGCCCCCCGGGCCGGGCUGGUGGUCUGGGUAAGGCAGUGAACCCCGGGGACCCCCCGGGAUGGGGGUGGGGGGCAGGGGGCCGCCCCACAAGUGGGACAAGCCCCGUCCCGCGGUGGGGGCCGGACGUGGGGUGUCCCCAGGCCACCCUGGUGUGGUCACACCCCGCAGAGCUGGGGGGGCGCAGGGGACGCUCCCCGGGGCGGGCACAGGACAAGGCAGUGCCCCAGGGCGCGGGGGGACGGACGGACAGAGGCUCACGGACAGACGGACAGACGGACACGGCUGGACAGGCACGGCGGGGGGGAACGAGAAGGGAGAGGGGGGCUG